AUGAGUUUCGACUCACUGGAGAACCGUCUCAUUCGUGUUUUCGGUCAAUGGGGAAUGAUAGAAGAUGGAGUUGAUUCCGAUACUGGAAAUACCGAUAGUCAACUGGCUUCUGAGAUGUCGGACCUAAGUCAUCCUCCGGUGAGUGGUUCAGGGAAGACCAAACUGCUGAAGGAGAUAUCCGAGCUGGCUGACGCCUUCGUGGGCAUGCAGGCGAUUUCUGCCAGUCAUUCAGUGCGCUACCUCAACUACAUCAUGGUAGCACUGUUUGAACUGAUCAGCCAUGAUGAUCAAGACAUCCGCGUAGCAGCGGACGAAGCCAUCAACAAAAUAACAAAGGUGCGUGCACGCGACUUUCAGAUCAUUGAUAGUCCCCGUAUUUAUUAAUUUUACUCCCAGUUUUUGGUCUUCAAAAAUGAAUGCUGAAAUAAGUUGAGAAGAGCUCAGUGCAAAAGGCGGGGUGUGGCCGGGACAGGCUCAGCCAACAGCUGGCACCUUUCAGGACACGCGGGGGGAGCAGGCAUUCCAUUCUGUCUAGACAGCAUAAGCUUCAUUUACUUUGCUGCAAAGGCCUUCGCUGUUGUCAUUCUCGGGCGAUUUCAGGAUGUGCGUGACUUGAGGACGAGAGUUAACCAAGCCAGGUUUCGAACUGGAUGUGGGUAAGUCGACUAGCCAUUCAUAGUGCAACACAUGCCUAGAUUCCAUUAGGGCUACCAGCAGCCGACGGCCGUAUAAUUUGCUGACUUUGCCGCAGUGUUUGAUCCAGUACAUAGUGAACCCUUGUGACGAAUAAUGGACACCAGCCAAAUAGUCGCCAGGAUUGGAGCCCCCUCUCAUGACAGUACUGCGCGGUCCCAACUGUUCGAUAUUCGGCAAAGCUGUGUCCCGUAGCCCAUCCUGCUCAACUGCGCUGUUUACCGGACUUUUGGAAGGGUCCUGUAUGACCUUGCUGUUGGAGUUGCCCUCGCGCGCCGGUUGACCUUGACUUCGCCGACGACGUCGCCCUGCUGUGUGCUGUCGCUGGCAAAUUAAGUCUCUAAAUCGGUUGGUUUGUCCAUAAGCGAUGAGAAAAUUAGGGUGUUUUCGGACCCGCACCACUGACCAUCCCUAGAAAGUGUUUGUGGCUCAGGUCCGCGUGUACCGGGCAUGCAUCCAUGCGAAAAUGGAGUAACUUGACCCCCGAGGGAUAUAAAUCGACUUAGCCUCAAACGAGACAGUCCGCAUUCACUGCGAAAACAUCGUGAGGCAUUCUCAGAACAUCCAAGAAAAACGACUGAGGUGGCUUGGGCACAUUCUUCGUCGUCCGCCUCACGAGCUCGGUCUUUCUGCUCUAGAUCCGGCGGCGUUGAUCACCUUAAGGCGUCGACGAGGAUACCGACUCAAAAUUGGCUGAACACAGCUCACCAAGAUAUGAAAGUUUUUUUGGGGAUUUUUGUAUUCGGUCUCUGUCGCUGAUGGAGUGGACGGGUCGAGCUCUUGCAGAUCCUUCACUGCAGGUCGUCAGGUGCUAAGAGGUACAAUUCGCGACAUCAUCGAGACCGGCUACGUCGGGCAUUGUCACUUAAUAAAAAUGCCAGCCUCGUUUUGCCUUUAAAUUCACAUCUCUGUCAAAUCGGUGGACAGAGCGUGAGUACACGAUUUAGAUCGCGGUACAUCAAGUUCAAGUAUAAACCGGAUCAGGGAUCUGGUCUUCCCAGCCCGCGUUUGGGUUCUGACGCUGACAACUAAACCAGAAGUGGUUACUCAAGUCACUGGGGUGAUGAACAAAGGAGAGCGGCUCUCGCACUUAUUUGCCACCGGCCGCAAAGCCAAGCAUCCCAUAAUCGACCCAUUAGAUCGUAUCCCCUCGGCUGUCGUGCUGGAGUUGCGUUAACUGGUAUAUCCAAACUGUAGGACGAACUAGAGGACGAACUCUACGCGUAGCCAAACUAAUGUUUUCUUCAGUCAAGCAUAUAUAGUGGUCCACAUAUCAACCCACCAACGCCUUCUCUGCAACUUACCAUCAAAGGAAGCUUGUGUGUUUUCUUUUCAGCUUUCAGAUGUCUACCUAACACAGCACGUUAUCUGCGAAUUUUUCAUUGAAAUGAAGCGAAACCGGUCCAAACGAGCACUGGCUGUCGCAAUGAAAAAAUUUUCGGCCUGCAUACACAGAGUUAAUCCAAAGAAACGGAGGUACGUUCUGUUCGCCCUUUUUGUCGUUGUCUCCUGUAGGCCCUCGGACCAACUUAUCGGCUGGACCCAAACUAGUAAAACUUUUGACAAAAUCCUGAAAUGUGCUUUGCGCUGAGACAGUUACUUAGGUUUUUGCAUGCGCAGUAACUUGCGGGCUCUUGACUGGCCAUUUUUGCUUGUACCCACGGCAACCAAAACUGGAAGGGAUUUACGUCGCAGAACUUGCAGUUCAGCGCGUUUACUCAUCCUCUUUUUUGCCCAUUUCGACCAGUACGUUUUGUCUUCUGAAAGCAUCUUCCCGGUUGUUUGUAUGGUUGGUCAUUUUCACGUGCCGACAAAUCGUAGCGAUGAAAUAACCUAUGCAUGUAUGCAUUAUUUCACGCGCGGGGCCUGUCAUCUGAACUACUUCCCGAAUGAUGAGCUGCGUGGGAGGUGGAGGUGAAAUUAUCCGGCUUUCUGUUCCCACAUGUACUCUUUUAUUCAAUAUCGGAGCAGGUGACAUGAAGUGCAUGCGUUCCUCCGGCAGCAGUGGUCGUGAUAUUAUUCGAAGCCUGGCUUUGGGUUCGGUCAGAGGGGCUGCGAAGUAGGUUGAGUUCCACUUGAUUUGCACCAGCGAACAGCUGUGAUCAUUCACCCAGGAGUCCCUCUAUUUUCCUCCGGCCCAUGCUAGAAAGAAAAGGUGACUGGAAUGACCACUUCCGGUUUAUUUCCCGUCAGGGGAUGAGCCCCUAGUCCACGCUCUGAUGCCGCCAAACUUGUGGCUGCUCAUUGUCGAUGAUGCAAGCAAGCAAGCAAACCUACCCGAACUGUGGUAGAGCGGCGCUGACCGAUCGCGUUACGGAACUCACUCAGUGGUUAGAGGCAUUGGACUUCUACCCAAUAGGUCGCGGGAUCGAGCCACAGCUGCUCUGCACUUCGGGUUUGAUAGGACUGGCUGACGACGGCUAAUGAGCCAGAAAUGGCCAUUCCAAUCUCUCUUUUCUUUGUCGGUACUGUUAUUAUAGUGCCUAUAUUACGCACCGCUGUGCGACUGCUAGUUGGGCUCGAGAGAGAGCCCUAAGGCACAACGAGGCGAGUGAGUUCCGUAAGAGCGCUCGGUGAGGGCCCGUCCACCAUUGUAUGUUCCCGAUCGAAAUCCACAGGAGAUGUUGGACUUCUAACCAACAGGUCGCGGGAUCGAGCCACAGGCGUUCCACACUUUGGGGUUGGGUACGAUUGGCCAUUCCAGUCCCCCUUGUCUUUGCGAGUAAUUUUAUUUCACCCGAACUACUUUGGUCGUCUUUGUCGUCGUCGACAAAAGUCCACCACUGAUGCCUUCUCAUCACCAUGAGACCCUCUUUGAGGGUUCAAGGUCGAAACUCCACGGGACACCAACCCAACUUGAUUCUUCAUGCACUCGAGUCAGAUCACUGGAGACUGAGUACCCCCAGUGUCUCAUCAUCUAACAGAGGCCAGCAACGGUCCACCUCCUUCUGAUGCCUCUGAAGACCUCUACACACUGACUACAUUCAGCAACAGUUUUGAACUGUUUUUUUUUGCGUGAAAUCAGCAAGACUCUAGUGCUUCCAUGCAUUUGUCUGUGAUAACUUCUUAACCAGCAAUGUUCCCUGUCAUCCCACGUCUUUACAGAAUGUACGCGAUCAACCUUUUGCCAGUUUUGAGAAGCAUAUUCGAACGCGAUGAAGAACUAGUGUGGGAAACCUUGGCAUCAUCGGUUCCACUCAUUGCGGAAUAUAUUUUUCCCCACGCCAGUCCACUAGAACUCAGCAGCGUAAGUUCUUCCCACCGUUCAAUAUUUUACUUCACAGAAACCUCCACUGAGCUAUAAUAAGUAGUAUUUUUGACAGAACACUUUAUACUGAGUUCACUUGGCCCUCUUCUCUCUUAGCUUCUCCUAAAGAGUUUACUGGUAAAACUGGAAUCUGGGAAGAAUUACAUCCGCAGAGCAGCGGCAGAUAUUAUCGUUUCGACGGUGAUUCAUUCACGUCUGCCUCGAGAGCUCUCGUAUCGUCUCCUGCAACAACUGGCGGGUAAGAGGCUUACGCAGGUGGAUUCUUGACUGUUGGUACAUUUCCUUUGAAAUGACACAGCCCGCCUGACGUACAUUUCGCCUUUAACAUAGAGCACUCUUUUAAUCACUAUCAAUAUUAAAUACGCAAUUGACCUUUGUAUCUGGUGUUUAAACAGCGCAUUCCGCUUAAUUGUACUCCUUUUUUUUGCUGCCAAAUCGCCCGUGGUAUUAAAGUCUCUAAGGCGUAUCUACGAUUCAGAAUAUCCGUUUCAACCACUGCGCACUCGUCAUAGUCUUUUCUAGGGUAGAACAGACUCCUCCUACCUUGUUUAAGUGCAUUGAGAUCGUGGUUCAUGCGAUAUGCUUUCUUGUGAAGGCCUUCACCUUCGUGCGCCGAAAAUUUUCACUUUUGGCAUUUUACAGUAGAAUGCUACCUUGUGGAAGCAUGGUUAUGCAUGACCUCAUACACAUUGGAUGUCCUUGGUCGGCGUUUAAAUGCCGCCACUUACGUCUACGUUCUCCCGCGCUUUACUAGCCCCUUUGUUGAAGUGCGUGUGUGUCGAUACAGCUAAAGAGUGUCCGGGCGCAGUCGCGUCUGCGUGGUAGUGGACGGUUACUGUUGUAAUAAAAGAUCUUUGCGGUGUCUGUGGUUUUUCGGAAGACACCGCUCUAGAGGACCAAUAGGAAUACGGGCAGACGGGCCUAUCACAAGCAAGCCAGGAAGACUCAUUUGAACUCAGUAUCUUCAAUAUCUCCUUUCUUCGAGUAUGCACUCAAACAAAAGUUCGAGAAGCAAGAUGAGUAAACUGUUUAUCCCAGUGAUCGCCGUCCCUCCUCUCAACCAUGUAUGGACAUAUCCUGCAACAAAUGAAACCUUGCCCACAAUCUCAGCAAAAUCUUUCCUAUUUGAAACAACUGUUUAAUUGCAGUUGCAGAAUUAAGGAGAGUGAGAUAUGGCGCAGUGGCUUAGGCGGAAAGAAAGCCCCUGUGUGUGCGAGAGCACACGUGUUUCAAUGCCCCGUUUGGCUCACGAAAUACUCUCACCUUUUGAAAGAGCUGAGCACUUUGUCGGUUUGAUUCUUACUAUCGGGCAUCUUUUUAGUGAGUGAACUUUUCCCAGAAACUUUGUCGCCUCUGCCCGUAAUUUCUUGAUUUGCCCUUCUCCCUUCAGCUCGGAUUUUCUCGUUAAAACAACAGUUCUUUUUGAAAUCCGGGCCUCCCACUGGUGGAAAUUCCGCUGCCGUCGGUGCUGGAAUCUCACUGUUUGAAGUUGCAACCUGUUUGCAGGGCUGUCUCUUAGCAUUGAGGAAUCUAGCACGUUCGCUUGCCGAGCGGCCCCCGGCCACUUCUCAUCUCACAGAAGAAACCGCCGGACGCAGUCAUCUGUCGUCUACAGCUCUGGUGCGGUUAACCCCACCAGAUGCCUGUGAUAGAAGCGUCGAGAGUAAGCUUACAUAUAAUUAGACUACUUGUUAUUUACUAGUAGCAUGAAUAAUUCACAUGCAACCUUUGUUCCCUCUCUUGACGCAGGUGGCCUCUCGAGAGACUCACAGAAGAAGGCAAACGCCCCUGCGGCCGCCUUUCAUCUCAUUUGUCUGCCGGAUUCCGUACGCUCUUUUAUGGAGGACUGGUCUGAGCCGAGUCUGGAGACCUGGUGGUGGACUGUAGUUUGGAUGGAAUGCCUUGAACUCUCCUGUCUCCUCUACCCGGCGUCGGACGAAAAGACUGCUGUCGCGAGCGCCUCUCUCGUCUCUACUGCCGCCUUAGAAUGCCUGCUUACAAUCGGUCUGCCUGCGUGCCUUGCAGAUGGUGCUUCAGGGGUUCUGCCGUCCAACUUUUGUAGCGUACUGCAGGUUUUCUUUAAAAAUGGCCCCUCUGCUGCACUGCCCAUCGACGAUCUCGCCGCCGCCACUCCCCGUGCGUAUCCUGUCAGGGUAUUUGGACCGCUUUUUUUCCCCUGAAAGGACUAUCGGAAGUUUCCGUUUUAUUGCGGAGGCAUUUUCUGUGGCUGAAAAAGAGAGCAAAUUGUUGCAAAGAAAGGGGAGGGGGGGGGGGGAGAACCGGAAUGACCGUUUCCGGCCUACUUACCGUCAUCCGUCGGCUACGCACCUGCGGCAGACUGAACAGAUCCUGGGUUUGAACCGACGCACAGCCUCACUCAGCAUGCUGUUAACUUCCAUAAGAAUUGAUGUCUACCAAUUUUUAAUCGAAAAGUCUUGCCCACAGUGAUAAGGGAGACUGGACUGGUCAUUGGUGGUUUAGUUAUCGUCAUUAGUUGGCCAUGGCUAAACUUCAUCAUGUCGGGGGAAUGUAGAAUGCGGGGAAUUUUUGGACGCUGUCACAAUCUCACCCCCAGCAUCCGAGGUGUCGUCAGGGCGUUUUGUAAUUACUGAGUCUUCUGACCGACUCUGUCGUUAAUUAUUGUCCACAGUAGAAAUCGAAAUUUAAGGCAGUCAAAACUCCUAUAUUAGACGUUAAGACCCCUGCAUUUGGCGCCCUGAAAGUAAACGGAAAGUAUCCACUGUUACUGUCGGAAGGUUCCCACGUCAGACAAAUAUGCUCACACCAAGUGGAGUACUGCACUUCAAUCGGUGGGCGGGUGCGUAUUCCUCAGGCAGACAUCGAUAGGUCACGUUCUCCGCUAACUGGUCUGUGUUUUAAGCACUCCACGAGCGUCUUCUUUAGCACUAAACUCACCUAUCCGCAGGCGUUCCCCAGUGUGGGAGCUAAUGAGGUGUGCGGCCAAUGAAGUCAAACAUACUGCGGCCAAUCCGCCGCCCCCUUCCCCAGGAGCGGGGAACAUUCGCCAAAUCUGUGGCACAUUUGCCUGAAACCGUUUCACAACCAGCCUCUGGGCUCGCUACACAGUCAUAGUCCCACCCAAUCUGUUUUCGUCACCUGUCCUUUCUCGAAAGUCCUCUAUCGCUGUGCCCUCGUCGAGGCAUUGUUCCUCCACCUGAUGUGCGGCCAAGUCUCACAGUCAUUUCCGAGGCCUUUUUAAACUAUUCUUCCUCGUUCCUUUUUUUUAGAAUCCACCGUAGACUCCGAAACUCUGGACCCAGAGAACUUAUCGAUAACUGAUCUGGAGGGCAUUGGAACGGCGGCUGAACAGCGAACAAGGGAUCCCAGCAGGACGGCGACGACGACAGCUGAAGAGGGGGAGGAGAAGGAGCACCCGAAACCGGUUGUAUUGCUUCGGACGACGCUCUUAACCAAUGCUGCGCAAUCGGAACCACCCACGGAGGGCGAACGACGAAAUGUUAAGCGCCAACUAACACCGGCCUCCGAACUCUCGGCACAGAACUCAGCAGGUAGUACAC